CUGCACACACACACACACACACAGUCGCCACAGCUGCUCACUGACCUCCCGCACAAAACAAUGACGAGUCAGGAUCCGCUGAAAUCCGUCAUUUCCAUCGGAAAUGUGGACGACACGUCUCUGGCUGUGCCGUCCGCUCACCAGUGCAGAUCCGGACAACAGCGCGUCCUGGAGCAAGUGCAAACGAUCCGGAGGACGAGGUCGAGACAGUCCAGCAGCGGCAGGAGCGCAUCCACCUCACUGACCCCCACAAGUCCUGGGUACGAGCCUGUGUUUAUGGAGCCUCUGAAGUCUCAGUCGAGCACGUCUAAUGGAAGCGUUUUCUUCGGAAAUGGCUUCAAUAAAACGCAUACCGUUGAGAAGAACAUGAAACAGCAAGUCGUCAACACCGCCAAGGAAUCCACUGCUAAGAGGAAUUUUGCAUUUUCGACCCAUCACUAUGAGAGGAAGUACGCCCCCACCGGCUCAAAGCCCAGCCGCAGUGAGCCCGAUUUGGUCCGGCAGCGCUCGGUGCCGGCGCCAAAACGCUCCGUUCCAUUGCAGAGAUUCCUCUCCAACAGAGGAACCCACAACACAGAGAGGCCCAGCAGUAUGUUUGUAACACCUCCCAAAGGUCACGCUCAGUACGCUGUGAAUGGCUUCAUCAACUCCAAAACAACCAGCCAGGUCAAAUACAGUGAAGUAGAUGGAUCCAAAUCCAAAAGGCUUCCCAAGCAAACCCAAAGAGAGCAUGGCACAAAUGGGAGCGGUGGUGUCGUAGAUCUCACUAUGAAGGAGGCUGUGGAGUGUCUCUCCAGCACCAAUGAGACGUAUCAGCACUGCGGCGCUUCCUACAUUCAGCACAACGCUUUCAUUGACGACGGGGCAAAGGAGGAGGUGUUAAAGGUGAAGGGGAUCUCUCCUCUGGUGGCUCUGCUGCGCAGCCCCAACUCGCAAGUGAGCCACACCGCCUCGGCCGCCCUUCGUAACCUGUCCUUUAAAAGUAACACCAGCAAGGAGGCCAUACAUCACAGCAGCGGCAUCGAGGAGACCGUGGCUCUGCUCCAACAAACCGACUCUGUGGAGAUACAGAAGCAGCUGACAGGUCUUCUGUGGAAUUUGUCCUCUGCGGACAAUCUGAAGCCAGACCUGCUAAAGAGCGCGCUGCCUGUCGUCAUGGAGCGCGUCAUUCUGCCUAACAACAGCAACAGCCAAGACCCCGAAGUCUUCUAUAACUCCACCGGAUUUCUCAGAAACCUCAGCAGCGCAAAGCAAAACAACCGACAGGUGAUGAGAAAGUGUCGGGGUUUGGUCGACUCCUUGGUCGGUUAUGUCAAAGAAUGUGUGGAAGCGGGAAACCCAGAUGAUAAGUCUGUCGAAAACUGCGUGUGCAUCCUGCACAACCUGACUUUCCAGCUGGAGGACGAGGCUCCAGCUCUGUUCAGCAGAAUCACGGCUCUGGCCAAGCCGCUGGACAGGAGCCACAGCCAGGGCGACAAUGGCCCCAUCGGCUGCUUCAGUCCACAGAACAAAUCUUCAGAGCAAGAGCAUCACUUUGACUACCCGGUCGUGGAGGAUUCUCAGCCGAGCGGCGCUGGCUUGCUCUUCCACUCCAAGACGAUGCAGAGUUACUUGGAUUUGCUUGAGUCUAGCCAGCAGGCCGACACACAGGAAGCAUGUUGUGGAGCGCUGCAGAACCUCACCGCACAUGAAGGCAUUGUCUCCAAGGUCAUGAGCCAGACCAUUGUGCAGAAACUGAAUGGCAUGCAGGUUAUCGGUCCCCUUUUGAGGUCAAACAAAGUCAACUUACAGAAGAACAUUGUGGCUUUAGUAGGAAACUUGACCAAGAACCCAAACCUUCACAAUAGCAUAGCUCGUAAAGCUCUGCCUGACCUGCUGGACAUCAUCACCGCCGGCACCAAGGGAGGGAAUGAAUCUGAUGACACUUUGUCCAUGACCUGUCAGGCUGCCAACUGCCUGCUGAUGAAGGAGCCUGAGAUUGGCAAACAUCUGAUAAAAGCCAACCUGAUAAAGUCACUGAAUGAUCUCAGCCAAAACAACUAUUUCCCCAAAUCCAGCAAGGCUGCAUCCCUGCUCCUUCACAACCUGUGGUCAGAGAAGGAUUUACAAAGCUUCUUGAAAAAGCUAGGGAUGACCAAGUCCUCGUUCAUGAAUGACACCAUCGCAUCGGCACUAAAGUCGGUUCAAGUGGUCGAUUAAUGCAGCGGCUUUAACUGACGACAGACGGAAGAACCGCUCCUGCAAGGUUUCUGCACACUCAUCACGACAUACAGGCACACAGGCUGAGCUCCAUCCUUUUCCAUUUCACAAGGACUUUUAAUCUAUGAAUCCAUAUAAUACAAACAUCAACAGAUGAUUACACAAGCCUGUACGUUAAUGCUGUUUGGUGACUUUCUUUGUAGGAAAAAAAUAAAAAAAAGGUGAAGGCUGAGAUGUAACGCGUUUGCAGCCAAACGGCCUUUUCUGCAGAUUUGCUCGAGUGCGUUUUUAAGAAACGUGUGUCUGUGUCUGCAUUGUGUAAUAUGGGACCAUUUGCUUGCUUUAUUUGAUAAUAACAUGAGGGUUAACAGUUUAUUUUUGCACUGAAAUUCCAGCUUUAAUAUCGUGACAUGAGAUUGUAUUUGACAAUGUAAAAUUAAGUAAAAACAAAUGAGAGUGAGAGUUAUUGUCUUAAGCAGCGAUGUGUGUUUACAUUUUAUGUCUUUUUGGUGGUGUAUGUAUUUUCAUAUGCGUGUAAUUUUUCAAAAUAAUAUGCCAAAAUGUGUCAAUAAAGCUGAUGAAAGUCUA